UGAGAGAGAAAAAUUAACAGAGUCACAAUCAGUUGAGCAACUGCAACUAAAGCAGUCAUGAACUGGUUAACUAGUUUUAGUUUGACUCUGCUAUUAGUCUAUGUACAGUACGAUCAUGUUGAAGCUAGAAGAGGUCAUCACGGUUCCGGUAGCAACUCUAAAAGUCCUUGGGCGAAUCCAGUUAAAGCGCAAGCUUUUAUGAAAUGUCUUAUCAAAAAAAUAAGUACAUCUCCGGUUUUCCCAGAACAAGAAAAAGAAGACAUGGAAGAAAUAGUAGAAACGAUGAUGUCAGCUUUCAGUAGCAUGAGCAGCUCAGGAGGAAGUAAUGCUGCAAAGAUGCAGGCAAUGAAUAUGGCCUUCGCAUCUUCUAUGGCAGAACUUGUCAUUGCUGAAGAUGCUGAUGAUCUUGACAGCAUCAAUGUAAAGACAGAAGCACUCGCAAAAGCUUUGCAACAAUGCUUCAAAUCUACUUUAGGAACUGUAAACAGACAUUUUAUAAUGGAAAUUAAAGAUCUAAUUGGCAUGUUUGCAAAAGAAGCGGCUGCGAAUGAUGAUGUUUCAGAAAAUGAAGUAGGAGGCGAUGAAUUUGAUUUAGGAAGCACAGGUGAUGAAACUCAACCUCCCAUAACAUUAACGAUUGGUGAUGAUAAAUUAUCUGGAACAUAUUCAGAAGCAGCGACUAUCCCAGGUACUUCAAAGUUGGACGUUGACUUAACUGGAGGUUAUCCAGCAGGAGCAGGCCCUGAUGCUUUUGGACCCUCUGCAACUGGGGGAAUAACUGCGAAACUCGCUGUACCACUCACAGGUUCACUUUCGAAGUCAAAUGUGUUUAGAGCUGCAUUCAAUACUAGAACCUCCAAAGGAAUUGCCAUCAAUCUUUCGAAAAAUCUCGCAGAUAUGAUUUCCGCCAAUUUCGGAUUGGAUGCCAGUACUGCAGCGAAGCUGAGAACUGCCAUCGUGAGUGCCGUAUCUAAAGUAAGAACGGGAUCUGACUCAAGAGAUUAUGCUCAAGCCAUUGGCAACGCAACAGCUGAUGUGUUAUCAUCCAGCGGCCAGAUAUCUUCCGACUCUGAUUUGAAUGCAAAGGCUCCAAAACUCGUUUCAGUUACCUUGCAAGGAGUAUCGUCUAAUGCUCUUAGAUAUGGAAUCGACCUGUCGGGCAUUAACGUUCAAGACGAUUUAUCAAACGCAUCUAGAGGUAUUGCAGUAUCAAUUCAAAGUGGUUCAUCUCCUGGCGGAGCUGGUCCUGAUUUUGGUUCACCGGAUAUGUCUUUCGAUGUUGACUUGAGUGGAGGUUAUCCAGGCGGAGCAGGGCCUGAUGCAUUCGGACGCUCCUCAACUGGUGGGUUAACUGCGAAACUCUCUGUACCACUCACAGGUUCUCUGUCGACAAAUGUGUUUAGAGCUGCUUUCAAUGCCAGAACCUCCAAGGGAGUUGCCAUCAACCUUUCGAAAAAUCUCGCAGAUACGAUUUCCGUCAAUUUUGGAUUGGAUGCCAGUACUGCAGCGAAGCUGAGAACUGCUAUCGUGAGUGCCGUAUCUAAAGUAAGAACUGGAUCUGACUCAAGAGAUUACGCUCAAGCCAUUGGUAACGCAACAGCUGAUGUGUUAUCAUCCAGCGGCCAGAUAUCUUCCGACUCUGAUUUGAACACAAAGGCUCCAAAACUCGUUUCAGUUACCUUGCAAGGAGUAUCGUCUAAUGCUCCUCGAUAUGGAAUCGACCUGUCAGGCAUUAACGUUCAAGACGAUUUAUCAAACGCAUCUAGAGGUAUUGUAGUAUCAAUUCAAAGUGGUCCAUCUCGUGGUGGAGCUGGCCCUGAUUCUGGUUCAGCGGAUUCUUCUCUCGAUAUUGACUUGGGUGGAGGCUAUCCAGGAGGAGCAGGCCCUGAUGCCUUCGGACCCUCUUCGACUGGUGGAUUAACUGCGAAACUCUCUGUACCACUCACAGGUUCUCUUUCGAAGUCAAAUGUGUUUAGAGCUGCUUUCAAUGCCAGAACCUCGAAGGGAGUUGCCAUCAAUCUUUCAAAAAAUCUCGCAGAUACAAUUUCUGCCAAUUUCGGAUUGGAUGCCAAUACUGCAGCGAAGCUGAGAACUGCUAUCGUGAGUGCCGUAUCUAAAGUAAGAACUGGAUCUGACUCAAGAGAUUACGCUCAAGCCAUUGGCAACGCAACAGCUGAUGUGUUAUCAUCCAGCGGCCAGAUAUCUUCCGACUCUGAUUUGAACGCAAAGGCUCCAAAACUCGUUUCAGUUACCUUGCAAGGAGUAUCGUCUAAUGCUCCUCGAUAUGGAAUUGACCUGUCAGGCAUUAACGUUCAAGACGAUUUAUCAAACGCAUCUAGAGGUAUUGUAGUAUCAAUUCAAAGUGGUCCAUCUCCUGGUGGAGCUGGCCCCGAUUCUGGUUCAGCGGAUAUGUCUCUCGAUAUUGACUUGGGUGGAGGUUAUCCAGGAGGAGCAGGCCCUGAUGCAUUCGGACCCUCUUCAACAGGAGGAUUAACUGCGAAACUCUCUGUACCGCUCACAGGUUCUCUUUCGAAGUCAAAUGUGUUUAGAGCUGCUUUCAAUGCCAGAAUAUCAAUCUUUCGAAAAAUCUCAGAUUACGCUCAAGCCAUUGGCAACGCAACAGCUGAUGUGUUAUCAUCCAGCGGCCAGAUAUCUUCCGACUCUGAUUUGAACGCAAAGGCUCCAAAACUCGUUUCAGUUACCUUGCAAGGAGUAUCGUCUAAUGCUCCUCGAUAUGGAAUUGACCUGUCAGGCAUUAACGUUCAAGACGAUUUAUCAAACGCAUCUAGAGGUAUUGUAGUAUCAAUUCAAAGUGGUCCAUCUCCUGGUGGAGCUGGCCCCGAUUCUGGUUCAGCGGAUAUGUCUCUCGAUAUUGACUUGGGUGGAGGCUAUCCAGGAGGAGCAGGCCCUGAUGCUUUCGGACCCUCUUCGACUGGUGGAUUAACUGCGAAACUCUCUGUUCCACUCACAGGAAGUCUUGCUAUACUCAUGAACUCAAAGGCUCCAAAACUCGUUUCACUUACCUUGCAAGGAGUAUCGUCUAAUGCUCCUCGAUAUGGAAUUGACCUGUCAGGCAUUAACGUUCAAGACGAUUUAUCAAACGCAUCUAGAGGUAUUGUAGUAUCAAUUUUAAGUGGUCCAUCUCCUAGUAGAGCUGGUUCCGAAUUUGGUUCUGCUCUAGGCUCCGAUAUGGGUUAUCCUGCUUUAGAUAAUGGCGUUUCUUUAGAUUUCGGUGUUCCAUCUAGCAAAGGCCCAACUGUUAGUUUACAAACUCCAUCAUUAUCAGUGAAAUCUUUAGCCGAUUCUCCUAUUGGCCUUAAGUCACCGGCAGCUGCGGCUCGAGUUAACAAAAUGGCUUCAUUAGUUGUGCAAUCAAUUGGACCUAAUGGUUUGGAAAUUAAUAAUUUGGUCAACGGUCUUAAAUCGAGUAUUUCUCAACUCACAAGCUCUGGGUUAUCUAGAAGUGAAGCAACGGUGGAAGCUCUUAUGGAAGCCAUGGUAGCUCUUAUGCAAGUCCUCAAAUCUGCUAAUAUCAACAUGGUUGAUACUUCGUCGACAUUAAACACUAGUAAUUCUGUUGCUGUUGCUUUAUCCACACUUUAAGGUCUAACUAUAUCUUACGAUAUGUUUUUUUAUUUUUAAUAGGAUUUCAUUCUUGUUAACAGCUAAUUAGAAAUAAAGAAAAGUUAUUCUCUUUA